AUGUCAGAGAAUUCCGGAGGUGCCAUUCAGAAAGGCGCCAUGUUUAUGGCAGGGCUGACUCUUUUGCAGUCUCUCCGUGUGGCUUUAACUGGAGCAAAGUUUGCACUUGAUAGAUUUAAAAUUCCUCAACAACAUGCCAGUUCGUUCAUUAACAUGGUUCAUAAUCCUAUGGAACUGGCAACGUUUACUGGUAUUCUUAUUGUAAAUGUCCUAACAUGGAUAUCUUGGUUUAGGACAUGGUUUGCCAUAUUUACUAACAUAGCACUAUACUGUUCAUUCAUUUUGCUUCUCAUUGCAUUCAUUUCUGGAGGAGAACAGGGAAAUCUCACCUUCUACUACUGGACUAUCGUAUUCGUCUCAUUUAUAUAUGGACUUAAUGUGGCAUCUGUAAUGAAUGUUGGAGGUGCAGAUGCCGCCUUUUUCAAUGUAGGAAUUCCUCUUUCCGGUAUUCAGGUUUGCAUUUACUACUAUAUCUUCACUAAGUUGGCUGAGAGGUAUCAGUGGUCAAACGUCAGUUACUGGAUUAUUGUUUGGCAGCUUAUUAUAGCAAUAGUGAUUUCUGCAGUCUCUGCCAUACUGUGGUCUGGUGCUCCUGAUGGAGCUGGAGGCGGUGGAGGUAGCCUUAGUGGAAUUGAAAAGGCCAUAUCUCCGAUUUUAAUGGGUGUAGUUGGUAUGGGUGGAAUAUAUGCCUUCUAUCCUGCUAUUGCUCCCUACAAGUUGACUGAUGUUGGCACUGGCUACAACAUUGAUUUGGUUGUUCUGUUUAUGAGUGCUGUUCCUGGCAUUGCUAUUGCGAUUUUAUGUCUCAACACAAAAGGUCCAGAUAAAGAUUGGGGAAGUGCUACGGGAUGGCAUUACACCUGGAUUCUGGCAAUUCCACAUAUCACUGCAAUGGUCUUGUGCUUUGUUACACUUCAUUACCCUGAUGGUAGAGUAGCUAGUUCUAUAAAGAGUAGUGGUUUGAAGGUUGGGGUUAUUACUGUGACUCUAAAGUUUUGUGAAGAAGGACUAAAGGCUGUUUCAUAUGCUGGAGCUGGUGCACAUGGAGGUGCUAUCUCCUCUUUUAAUGCAUUCACAUCCCAAGGUUUAAUGAUCAUCUUGGCUUUUACUGGAGAUGGAUACCUGAAGACUUAUUCCAAGUAUGAGCAUGACAGGGGUAAGUGGCCAACUAAAGACUGUGGAACACUUAGAUCCAUCUGGUUUUGGACAUGGAAUGGAAUGAAGGUGGCAUGUAAGAGUGUCAAGUCUUCCUUUACAAAGAAUGUUAGAUGCAAAGUUCUGGGUAAAUCAGAGGCUUUACUCAUUGUAUAUGCGGAUGAGGAAUUUUAA